AUGAUUGAGCAGGACGAUGACAGGGAACUGUCAGAAAUACAAACUGGGUUUAAAAAAGAUCGUGGCACUGUUACAGACAUUAUCAUCAGUGGGGCCCAGGCCAAGUCCAAGCAGGCCAUCUUGGCUGCUCAGAGAAGAGGCGAAGACGUGGAGACAUCCAAGAAAUGGGCAGCUGGCCAGAACAAGCAGCACUCUGUCACCAAGAACACUGCCAAGCUGGACCGCGAGACAGAGGAGCUGCACCACGACAGGGUGACCCUGGAAGCUGGCAAGGUGAUCCAGCAGGGCCAGCAGAGCAAGGGGCUUACGCAGAAGGACCUGGCCACGAAAAUCAAUGAGAAACCGCAAGUGAUUGCUGACUACGAGAGUGGGCGGGCCAUCCCUAACAACCAGGUGCUGGGCAAGAUCGAGAAAGCCAUUGGACACUGUCCCUCCACCCUACCA